GGCAGGGGCCGAACCCACAACCUCAUGGUUCCUAGUUAACCACUGCGCCACGACGGGAACUCCAAUAAUAGAUAUUUGAAGACUGAUCACUGACUGAAAUAUUUGACCCUCACCAGAAAAUAGCAUUUUCCUAAACUGGCACUUAGAAUCCAGUCUCUGGGGCCAGGAGUUAAUGUCCUACAAAUCCAUACUGCCACACAAAAAUUGAAGGCAGACCUGCAGGAGUCAUGCUGUGCAGUUGAGUUUUGGUUUUCUAGCAGAUGAGUACAAAACAACACAGAAAGGACCCUAAUUACAGCCUCACAAAAUUCCAGAAAGGUAAUAGUGACUUGUCCCAUUGAGCAUCAUCUAUAAAAUAGCCAAGGAGUUCCUAAGAGGAUAACAGGUUUCAGCAAGUAAAAGUGCACAGUAUACCAUAAAGUGCUUUCCCAACCCAGGGCAGUUCCCCUGCCAGUGUUUGACAGGGUCCUUGACACUUUGCUGCUGUCACUUGCCAUCCUUUCUUCCAUCAACGUUUCAGAAGCACUGGGCUGAGUCCUGGGGGAAGCGGUAAAUGAGAUGGAUCUAGUCCUUAUUCGCUAGGAACUUAGGGACAAGGAUUAUGGUUCAGAUAUCCAGGGUGGUUUAAGUCAGGAAGCAGGUCAGGUGUAAGAGAAGGGAGCCACUGAGGCUUGCUCCUUGAAGCUGUCAGGUGUGGGGGCUAUGAAUCUUUAUAUCUUCAGUAAAUAUCACCCAUAUCCAAUACCCAAGCUAUUUUAGGUGGAUGGUUAUCUUGUGAAUAUUUUGAAGGUGGCAACGUUUACUCAGGAACCUGCUCUAAAGAGCCUAAUGAAAAUGAGCUGCUAAAUUAGAUGUCUGAACUUUGAUGUGGUUCAGCACAUGGCCAGUAGGUGGCAGCAUAAGCUUGCUGUUUCAAUGAUGGCUUCCUGUGACGUCUGUCCUUUACAGUUCUGCGUACUUUUACUCUUGGAGGUUUCCUUGGGCCCAAGUUUCUCGGCUCCAGCAGCUUCUCAGAAUUACAGAAGAAAGAUUUUCAAAGUUGUAUUGCCAGCCAAGAAGAUUUCUUUGGACCUACAUACUCAGAUAGUGUAUCCCAUGGGCAACGGCACGAGCAGGCUCUAUAGUGCGCUCGCCAAGACGCUCAACAGCAGCGCUGCUGCCCAGCACCCAGAGUACUUGGUGACACCCGACACAGAACAUCUGGAGCCCAUCGACCCUAAAGAGCUCCUUGAGGAAUGCAGGGCUGUCCUGCACACUCGGCCUCCCCGCUUCCAGAGGGAUUUUGUGGAUCUGAGGGCAGAUGGCCCCAGCAGCCACCCACCUAUUAGGGUCAUGCAGUGGAACAUCCUUGCCCAAGCGCUUGGGGAAGGCAAAGACAACUUCGUACAGUGCCCUCUGGAAGCACUCAAGUGGGAAGAAAGGAAAUGUCUCAUCCUGGAAGAGAUCCUAGCCUACCAGCCCGAUAUACUGUGCCUCCAAGAGGUGGACCACUACUUCGACACCUUCCACCCCCUCCUCAGUAGACUGGGCUAUCAAGGCACCUUUUUCCCCAAGCCCUGGUCACCUUGUCUAGACGUCGAACAUAACAAUGGACCCGAUGGCUGUGCCUUGUUUUUCCUCCAGAACCGAUUCAAGCUAGUCAACAGUGCCAACAUCAGGCUGACGGCCAUGACGCUGAAAACCAAUCAGGUGGCCAUCGCCCAGACUCUGGAGUGCAGGGCAUCCCGCCGGCAGUUCUGCAUCGCGGUCACCCACCUGAAGGCACGCACUGGCUGGGAGCGAUUCCGAUCGGCUCAAGGCUGUGACCUUCUCCAGAACCUGCAGAACAUCACCCAGGGAGCCAAGAUCCCCCUCAUUAUCUGUGGGGACUUCAACGCAGAGCCAACAGAGGAGGUCUACAAACACUUUGCUUCCUCCAGCCUCAACCUGAGCAGUGCCUACAAGCUGCUGAGUGCCGACGGGCAGUCAGAGCCCCCAUACACGACCUGGAAGAUCCGGACCUCGGGCGAGUGCCGCCACACCCUGGAUUACAUCUGGUACUCCCGGCAGGCACUCAGCGUGCGCUCGGCCCUGGAUCUGCUCACGGAGGAGCAGAUCGGACCCAACCGGCUGCCAUCCUUCAACUACCCUUCAGACCACCUGUCUCUAGUGUGUGACUUCAGCUUUAAUGAGGAAUCUUGAGGGACUGUUAGAAAUGCUUGUCUGUGUUUUGCUAAGAGUCUUAUUAACCAGGGAUGUUUCAGGAGACUGAAAUGGAAUAAGAAGUCGACUGAGGCAGGGCUCCCAGCUUCUCUGACUUCACUUUCCAUGUUUGCAACACGUCUGUGGGAAGGAACCCGAUUAGCUCACAGACUUUUUCCAUUAAAACCUACAGCAGCAAAGGUGUUUGCACUCCAGUUUCAGCUUGUAUUGUUUUCUUUCCCUUAGCAUUACAUUCUGAUCAUGAAAGGGCAUUAUAAUAGGCUUGUUGUGAAGCUUCAAGUUUGAGGAUGUUCCCUUUUUUUUUUUUUUUAAAGGGCCUAAAGCGCAGCAUAUGGAAGUUCCCAGACUAGGAGUCGAAUCAGAGCUACUGCUGCCACCUUACACCACAGCUCCCAGCCAUGCCAGAUCUUUAACCCGCUGAGCAGGGCCAGGGAUCAAACCCACAUUCUCAUAGAUACUAGUCGGGUUCAUUUCCACUGAGCCACAAUGGGAACUCCUAAGGAUACCAUAUUAAUAAAAUAGACUUGCUUGAGCCCCCCAUAAUCAAUAGGUAUGCAGGAACCAGUUCUCUAGACAACAUUUCAGGUUAUUUAUUUGUGGGUGUUUUUAAAAAAAUAACAAUAUGUGCAUGGCAAUAUUUAUUUUUUUAUGUCUUCAUGUAAAAUUAAAUUAUCGCAUUACGAACAUUUUAAACCCAUGCAAAACAUAAGUUAUAGAAUAAUUUAUAGUAAUUUUCUUAAAGCUUUAAAGAUGUUUUAUUUGGGUAUCUAACAAUAGUCAUGUACGAAGGCACUAUUUAGCCCAGAGGGGUUUUUGUUGGUUGGUUAAGUGGAAAUAUCACUUUUCCUUGAUGUGUUCAUGAAUCCUUCCUGUGCCUCCAUGUUUCCCAUCAUUGGGUUUCUUGAAGAGAACAGUCAGUCUUCAUUCUUGAGUCACUGUUAAUGAAUUUCUAGUUUUACAUCGAAAUGCUAUUGGUAUGCAUUUGAUGUCACUCUGUCAUUAUUAGUAUUGGAAUGUGCUUUGCACAAUAGAUUAUUUAGGAGCUGUUGUGUGGCAGUGGCUAAAACGUUGGUGGGACCUUUCUUACAGAAACAGGCAACUGUUUCCAGCCUGUUAAUGAGGCUGCCGUUGAUAUUUAUUAAGGUAGCCGGGUGACUGGUUCAGAACGUCUGGAGAACAGACUAUAAAGGGUUAGAAAGAUGACCUGGAAUUCUCUUCCCUCAGAAAUAAAAGUGGUAAAGAUAUCCGAUGAACAAAAAUCCCAGAAAACAGCCAAUUUACUGGAAAUCAAUUGAUAAAUAUUUUAACCCAUGAGUUGUAAAUAUUUAAGAUUAAUAAAUAAAUGGUCUUUUAAAGCUAG